AAGAAAAAUGGAACCAUGUCAAGUCCAGAUAAGGUUAAGAGAAGGAAAGGGGGAAUAAAACGCCCAGGUCGAGUUGUUCCUGGGCGGAAGACCGAACUAUCGCACCCCACCAUCCAGAUCGCGCCGCCGCAAGGGUUCGAAGCUUUCCCUGCCGCUGUUCCCGGAAUCGCUGCUGGUUAUCUUCCAUCUUGGCCGUGUCUGGGUCACCACCAUCGCCGUUUUCAUCCGCUCCGAUUACUCUUGAGGGCCUGCAGUUCUCAGGUGGUGGCAUUGAUUAAUCGCGGAACUUUGUCGACUGCUUGUUGCUACGUUCUUUUGUUAAGGUACUAAGUAAACGACAUGCAUGGGGACCCGGGCGUAGCACAUCUACAUUGUUGAGCACAUCACACAUAUUUAGAUAUUGAUAUGCAGACAUAUAUGUUUCUAUACCUACUAGUCGUACUGUAUUAUUCACUUAAUCCUGGUUACCUUACGAACCGUUAUAUUUGGUGUCUCCCGAUAUAAUAAGAUUUUAUGAACUCCACGGAUGUUUCUUUUAAGUUAAAAUGUCAAUAUAUAUCCUCUUAUUUCUA